AUGCCCACGUCAUCGCUCGCCGAAGCCCGCAGCUGCUGCAGCGGCCAAUGCACCCCUAGGCGGAAUGAGUCGUCAGAAGCAUCCGGGCAGUCGGCAGCAGCAGCAGCCGUGGCAGUUCCCUUUAAGCAAGACCGUUCUGUAGGAACAGCCAGGAGGCGGCAACAUGACCCGUUUUCAGAAGCUGUGCUGCAGCUGCUGCACGACGAAAAGCAGCAGCAGCAGCAGCAGCAGCAGCAAAGGGCAGUCAGGAGAAAUCAUCCUACCUCGGCCCACAAAGUCCAGCAGCAGCAGCCGCAACAGAAAGAAGUGUAUGCUGCUUCUCUAUCCCCACCAGGUCGCUCUAUCGCAAUGAAGAAGCAGCAUUCUGUGCAGCAUCAAAACGUCAACCUUGCAAAACCAGACACCAGCGAGCAGCACUUGGCAGCAGAACAUUCAGCACACAAUGACGUGGGACCAGCAUCAAAGACGGACGAAGGCGGAGCUGCAACACAGUCAGAAUCAGCAGGAACGGCGGAGGGGAAAACAGCAGCAGCUCUUGCUGCUAUUGUAGAAGCAGCAUCUGCAGGGCUCCGCACUACAAUGACUUCACAAGGGCAACCGCAGCAAUGCCAGGAGCAGCGCCCCUACUCUGAAACGACGUCAAGCAUUUCCAUGGGAGAUUCCUCAUAUGCAUCCUCAAAGUCGGUGGUUGCAGAGACUGCUGCAGCAGAGGCUAAGGCCACUCCAGCUAAAGCUGUUGCCGCAUCCACUUCAGAGCCCGUUGCCGCAGCAGCAGGUCCAGAGGCAGAAGCAACUGCAGAAACAGCAGAAAAAAAGCCGGAAGUAGCACUAACAGAAAGUGCAACAGGUGAGAACAAGCCAAACAAGCAGCAGCAGCAGCUCCAGGGCAAACCAGUGUCCGCUGGGAAGACGACAUCGUCCACAGAAAGCAAGCGCCACAUGCAACGCGGUGUCAGCACCAGCUGUAACAGCAGUAGCAACAGCAGCAGCAACAACAACAACGUCAGCAGUAGCAACAGCAGUAGCAGCAGCAACAACAGUAGCAGCAACAGCAGUAGCAGCAACAGCAGAUCCGCCAAUUCCAGAACAGCUGUAGCGAAGCGGUUCGGGGGGCAGCCGGACGAGGCAGGAACACGAAGUGAGCAGACGGUGCUGCAAAGGCGCUUGCCCCAGCAGCAGUAUUCAAGGCAGCAACAGCAGCAGAAGAAAGCAACAGCAAAAUCAGCGGCAGCAGCUGCAGCAGCUGCAGACAAACCAGGCCUUAGCGCUACUUCAGCUCCUACCCAUAGCACUACGGCGCCUCAGCAACAACAGCGGCGAGAGCGGCAGCUGUUGCUACUGCAGCAGCAGCGGCAACGACUGAGGCGGGAAAAGCAAUUGCAGCAGCAGCAGCAGCUAUCUCCUCUGGAGGAGUUGAAACUUCGGAGAAUCAAAGUCAAAGAAAUUGCUUUGCAGCAAAGACUAAAGGCUAGUGGACUGGCGUAUGUACUUGAAAUGAUAAACCCAAACACGCACGUCUAG